UUUAUAUAGCAGCAUCCAACAAGUUUGGCAACUCUUCAUUUUUUCAUUUCAAAUGCAAGCCAUCGAGCGCUAGUGAGUUGCAGCCUGCACUCUUCAGCUAAAUUUUAGAAUCUUAGUGGCUUAGUCGGUUUGAACAUCAACACGGUUGUGAGAACUAUUCUGUGCAUCGUUUGAGGUAUUCAGUCAGUUCAGUUGAUUUUUGAUUGAAUAAUAGUUAGUGGUCGUUUUGCUGGCGGUAGUGUAUAAUUUUUCACGCGUGGAAAACAGUGAACAUAUAUACUUAUACAAGGCAUUCACGUCAUCGGUCUAUAUUCUAAAACGGGUAUUUUUAUUUUAUUUUUCUAUUCAAAUAAAACUUAACGGGGCAACCCGGUCAAUUUCAUUUGUAUUUCAACCUUUAGCAGCUGUUAGAAAAAUUGGACGCCAAACGCGUACGUACUUAAAGUGAAGUCGCGUUGACCUUAACGUUCCCAAUUCCAAGUAGCCGAGGAAGGCAGAUUGGCGCGUAUCAUGUCGCUCCAAAAGAUGACGAGUAUGACGCGAUGGUUAUCAGCCCUGCGGCCGUACCGGGUUACAUUUGCCUCAGCGACCAAGAACUACUAUACAUAUGUGAACGAGCCGUCAAUGCUGAUACCCAACAAGGAACCUUGCUAUCUUGAAUGCGCCGAGGAGGCCCUCGAGUCCGCCGGCUUAGCCUCGAAUCAAAUUAUAUUCGUUCAAGGAGCAGCAGCAACGCCAAUAGAACUUCUUCGAGGAAUGACCGAAAUAGGCAUAAAAAAAAAUGUCGACAAUGUUAAAUUAUUCCAUAUGCAUCUUGAAGGAAAAGCUUCGUUUGCCAGUAAAGAAGCUGGAAAACACUUCAAAUCGAUCAGUCUAUUCAUUGGUGGUAAUGUGAGGCAAGCCGUGAACGAGGGUCAGGCCGAUUGCAUCCCAAUCUAUCUAAGCGAAAUUCCAAAGCUUUUUAACGAAGGUCAUAUCAAACCAAAUAUUGCGCUGAUUCAAGUCACUCCACCAGAUUCGAAAGGUUAUUGCUCAUUAGGUACCAGCAUUGAUUGCGUUAGAGCAGCUCUCAUCCAUUCCAAAGUAGUUGUUGCCCAAAUAAACGAGUAUCUACCAAGAACAUUUGGCGAUGCAUUGAUUCACAAAAGCCAUAUUGAUUUUGCUAUAUGCCAUAACGAGCAGUUACCGAAUCAUGGCGGUAAAGCACCAAGUAAAGAGGAGCAGCAAAUCGGCAAAAAUAUUGCAGAUAAUCUUGUGGAGAAUGGUGCAACAUUGCAACUAGGUAUCGGCAGUAUACCAGAUGCGACCCUUGCUUUACUGAAAAAUCAUAAAGAUCUCGGUGUUCAUAGUGAAAUGUUCAGCGAUGGUGUCGUAGAUCUCUUUAAUUUAGGAUGCGUCACGAAUAGUAAAAAGCAAUUACACACAGGGAGAAUUGUUGGAUCAUUUUGCGUUGGCACUAAUAAACUCUAUGAAUUUAUGAAUGAUAAUCCCUAUAUUGAAAUGCUAAGAGUUGAUUAUGUCAAUGAUCCAAGAAUCAUUGCGAAGCAGCCAAGAAUGACAGCAAUUAAUUCUUGUAUUGAAGUUGAUAUUACCGGGCAGAUUUGUUCAGAUAGUAUUGGACCGAAAAUGUAUUCUGGUUUUGGAGGUCAGGUUGAUUUCAUUUCUGGUGCCGCAAUGAGUGAAGAUAAAUUAGGGAAGCCAAUUAUUGCCCUCAGAUCCACAACAAACAAAGGCAAUAGUAAAAUAGUUCCAAUGCUUAAUUUAGGUGCUGGAGUUGUUACAUCUAGAGCUUUAGUACGAUAUGUUGUGACAGAAUGGGGAAUAGCUAGUCUUUUUGGUAAAUCGUUACAGCAAAGAGCUUAUGAGCUCAUUCAGAUAGCUCAUCCAGAUCACAGAGAAACUCUUGAAAAAGCUGCUUUCGAUCGUUUAAAAGUGAUGCCUGAGAAAAAAAAUUAUUAAUUAUGUGUAAAACAAAAAAGUAAUCAAUUAAGAUACCAUUCCAUAUAUUCGGAAUAUUCACUGAUUAAAUUUGUAAUUAUUUCUAAUAUUUUUUAAAGACUUACAUCAAAAGUACACUAAAUUAAUUCUCUUUUCAAAAAAUAAUAUAAAAGCGAUACUUUCAAUAAUUCAAUAAUUUUGCACAAAUAU